AUGACUUUUGGAGUGAACGACAAGCGCGUGGAUUUUGUGCAGGCCUUUCAGUCGUUGCCAGUUGAUGGCAAUCUUGGUAGACUGUUGGUGGAUGCCUGUCGAUUGUUUGAGGACAUGCCGGAUGUAGUAGUUGGGUUGGAGAAUGAGGUGCACGAUGACUUGUCGGAUGAAGCCCUGAAAGAGUUGCACGCCGAAUUCAAUGCCGGGACGGACUUUUGUUUCCACGUGUUAAAAACGGUUCGUGAUUGCGCGUUUGUCUUGGACCAAGUCAUGUGUGAACAGUUCACAAAACAUGACGCAAGAUUGAUUCGUUGGCUGGACCGCUUUGACUACCAAGUGGAGCAAGACGAGUGCGUUUUUAUGUUUGAUAGAGGCCGCCGUGGAUACCCUCGCCUAUCUCGAGAAAGGCGUGAAAAACGAUUGGAUGAGUGGCGAGCACGAUUGGUUCGCCGCGUUUCGAAGUAUGAAAAGGCCAAAAAAAAGUGGAUCGAGGCGAAGGAAGAAAUCGUGAAGGAAGAAAUCGUGAAGGAAGAAAACACGGUGGACAACUACAUACUCGAUCCAGAAGAGGAGUACGACUCUGACGACUCCGAUGACGGUGCAGAAGGUAUGAGAUUGUGGUUGUACGGUUCGCAUUUACGCACAGAGAACAGGAUACCGAAGGAGUCAAAGUUCGUCUUGCGCAAACUCAUCAGGUAUCCAUUCAAUAAGACUGAGCACAUCAAAACUUGCAGCAUUCCGUUUUACAGUCCCGCUCUUCCACAGAACGUUGUGGACCCGAACGCGUGGACUAAGGCGGAAGUCGCACUGGACAAUUUGGCUCCCACCCACAGACCGACCGAGGCAGAGGCUGAAUGCGGUGUGUGGAAGGCAUCAGAACCACUGUCCAAUUUCGCCACGAAGCAGAUGCUUCAUGGCCUAGAUUCAAUGGCUGACCUUGUCUUACGCGGAUAG